AUGACGUUCGGUUAUUCAGCCAUUCUACUACCACAAUUACAAUCCGCGGAAAAUCCAGAAAACACCUUAUCAAUCGAUAAAGAAGAAGCCUCCUGGAUAGCAUCCAUGGCCGCCCUUCCCAUGGCCAUCGGCUCCGCCUUCGGCGCCCUUUCCAUCGGAAAACUCGGCAGAAAAACCGCCCAUUCGCUCUCCUGCAUACCCACCUUAAUCGGCUGGCUGCUCAUCGGCCAUUCCACCGGCAUCCAGAUGAUCCUCAUCGGCCGUUUCGUCACCGGCUUCUUCGCCGGCUACCUGGCCAGCGCCACGGGGGUCUACAUCGGCGAGAUAGCCGAUCCGAAGCACAGGGGAUUCUUCUUGGGCGGAAUAUCCAUCUCCGUAUCCUCCGGUUUGUUCCUGUGCCACUUGAUGGGCACGUUCCUGACCUGGCGCACCACGGCCCUGCUUUGCGCCGUACUACCCUUGGUGAGCCAGCUGAUAAUAGUCUUCGUGCCGGAGUCCCCCUGGUGGCUGGUGGAUCGAGAUCGCCCGGACGAGGCCGAGCGGGCCUUCUACUGGUGUCGCGGCGUCACCGACGAAUCCAAGAAGGAGUUCGAGGCGUUGCUGGAGCGUCGAAGAGGGCUCGAUCAUACGGAGAGUCUACGCGAUGCUUUGGUACCGGAGUUUCUCAAACCUUUGGGAAUUAUAACGGUGUAUAUAGUGGCGAACCAAUGGGCUGGAAUCAACGCCAUCACCUUCUACUCGAUCACUGUAAUGAGAGAAACGAUAGGCGACGGUUUGAACGAGUACGCCGCCAUGUUGCUGGUGGAUUUCCUGCGGUUCUUCGUAUCGAUAGCGGCUUGUUUGCAGCUGAGGCGCUUCGGCAGGAGGCCUAUAGCUCUAGUGAGCGGCGUCGGUACUGCGGUGUCGUUGUUUACCUUAAGCGCUUACUUGUACGCGGUGAAGAGCUACCCGGAGACCAAAUGCAGGUACAUACCGAUCGCCUGUUUGGUACUUUACAUGGUGUUCGUGACGGGCGGCUUCGUACCGCUGCCUUGGGCGAUGAUGGGCGAGCUGUUCCCGUCGAAGCGGCGCAGCUUGGGCAGCGGCGUCGCCUCGUUCGCCGCCUUUUCGGCGUUCUUUUCGGUGGUGAAGACGACGCCGGGGAUGUUCGAACGGUUGGGCGCCGACGGUACUUUUCUGGUGUUCGGCGCCGUCGCCUUAUUCGGCACCGGCUUCGUCUACGCCUGUCUGCCGGAGACCAAAGACAGGACGUUGCACGAUAUCGAGGACGGGUUCAAAAAGCGCGUCGGCGGGAAGUCGUGA